AUGGAGGAAGGAGAGGAGGUGGAGGAGGGCGAGGAGGAGGUGGAGGAGGGCGGAGAGGAGGUGGAGGAGGGUGGAGAGGAGGUGGAGGAGGGUGGAGAAGAGGUAGAGGAGGGUGGAGAAGAGGUAGAGGAAGGUGGAGAAGAGGUAGAGGAAGGUGGAGAAGAGGUGGAGGAAGGCAGAGAAGAGGUGGAAGAAGGCGGAGAAGGGGUGGAGGAAGGCGGAGAAUUGGGAAGAGAGGAGGGGGAGGGAGAGAAUGAUUUAGAAAUAGCGUGGAACGUACUAGAAAUGGCGAGAUUGAUCUACUCUCAGAGCGAGGGAAAGAAAAUGGAGUUGUCCGAGGUUCACAUAUUGCUAGGUGAGAUUGCAUUAGAGGAGGAGAAGCUUGAUUUGGCGCAGAGUGAGAUAGAAAAGGCGCUUGAAUUGAGGUUAGGGUUAGGAGAUCGUCGAGCGCUAGCUCAUGCGCAUUUUAUGUUAGCGCUGGUUCUAGAGUGGAAGCAGGAUGAUCAGGCGGUGAUAGAUGCAUUAGAAAGGUCGAGGUCGUUGCUUUAUGAGGAAAUGAAGAGUGUGGAUGAGGAGCGAGUUGAAGAAAUCAAGCAAACGAUUGAGCAGAUUGAAAAUAAAAUUCAGGCGGUUAAAGACACAUUUUCGCCGGCGCCGGAGGAC